AACCAAAACCAUAUUACAGUAUAUUUGCACCGAAGAAGUAAACAAGAUCGCAUAACUCAGGUUCGUUUGGAGAACAUUUAGGCUAUAUAGCCUAAGGCCAGCAUGGACCCUCGAGAGACCAUUUAUCUGUUAUGAAGAUGGGCCUAACCAUUACCUCACUUUUACUCCUCUUACGGUCGGUCCCUCGAGAUUCGGGAAUCGUCAAGUAAAAGUGAUUUGGUGAAAGGGACCAACUAAAGAAGUGAAAAUUCGUUUUCAUUCGGCGACAAAUUUCGAUUCGAGGAUUCGAUAACUUUUAUCAAUUUGACUCCGCAGCAAUUUUGGAUUAGACGCAAAUCGUUAGACUGCCUGAUCUAAAACUGUUAAUAAGACAGUUAAAAGAAGGGAAAAUGAAAUCUGGCAACUCCUGACGGAAAGGCGGAGUCAGAAGGAUACGCAGCCCCCUUCUGGCCCUACAAAUUCACCUCGUUUCCCACCUGGAUGCGCAGAGGUCACCGGUCUUCCCUUGGAGUCAAGUCAGGCACUGCACUCUGUCCUUGUCAAGAUGAGGCUCGCUACACUAGUGACGGUGGCAUUAGUGUUGAUCAUAGCUCCGACGAAGGGCACUCUCGACUUGCUGCUGAAGAAGAAGAUCGCCGAAUCUGCCAAGGUAGACCUCCUCAAGACCUCUAGCUUUACUCCCGUCAGCAACUUCAAGGAUUAUUACGUCUUGGGAGGGCUUCUGGGCCAGUCCGGUUACCUACCACCGACUCAAAGCAGUGGUAGCUCGUCCUUUGGCAGUGUUCCUGGGGGCACAACCAGCUUAAGCCUUGGAGGUACAGGUAGCAUAGGUGGUAGUGUGAGUAUUGGGUCGGUUUCCACAAGUGGUGGCAUCGCUUCAACAGGCGGUUUCUCUUCCACCAGUGGUGGCAUCGCUUCAACAAGCGGUUUCUCUUCCACCAGCCAAGGAAGCGGCAAUGUUGGCAUUGCUUCAGGAGGAAAUAACUUUGGUUUCACUUCCAUCAGUCAAGGAGGCGGCAAUGCUGGCAUUGUCUCAGGAGGAAACAAUUUUGGUUUCACUUCCACCGGCCAGGGAAGCGGCGUAGGCGUAACUACCUCUAAUUCCGGCAGUCAGGGGGGCAUCAUUGAUGUGAGCAUCGGAAGUCAAGUUGACCUAACAGUUCCUAACGAUGGUAUAGGUGAUGCCGGCAUUACCGCGAUCGUUGGAAGCACUGGAUCUUCGGUCAGUGUCAGUGGCGACUCCAUCAGCAGUUCUGGUGGAUUCGGGGCCAUAGGCUCAGGCGGCGGCGUUGUCAUCAGCGGUAGCGGAGGUAACAUCGGAGGGGGCCUCGUAAGUCUUAUUGACGGUGGUGUCACAGGGGUAGGAGGAGGGAUAGCCGUUUGCCCAGAUGUCACAGUGCCUGUAGUGGAAGAAGCAGUCAUGACCCAGUACGUUACCGAAUACGUCACAGUCCCGCAGCCAAUCGCAAACUACGUCGUCACUACCGUUCCCAUCGUCAAGCCUCUGUAUGUGACUCAGACCGUCCCAUUCACUGUGACCGAAAUCAACGAAACAGGAUACUGUACGACCACUCGCCUCUUCUAUCAGACAGAAUCGCUUCCCAGUGCGAAGAUUGUGCCACUGACACAGGGCUUGACCGAAACCGAAGUCUUUGAAAGAACGAGAACGAUUACGAACACUCUCACACAGACGUCAGUCGUCACUCAAGUCCAGACUCAGAUAAGAACCGUUUUCACAACUGUUGUAGGACACACUCGCACGAUAACUCGUGUGUCAACAACCACGGAAUACGUUACCAACACUGUGACAUCGCAGUACAAUAUAAGGAGUACAACUGUUGCCGGAGUGGGCGUCCCAGUGUGGAUUACAAGCAAUACAGAAGUCUGGCUACCUGUCACCCGCACUAGAACCCUAAAUAAAACCAGCUACCAGACUGUCUGGAAGUCUUGUGGUGGUUACUACUAAGAGGAAACCUCGACCAUGACCUUGGCAACCUGUAGGAAAACGGUGUGACCUAGGCUUGGCGGCUCCGAGAAUUGCACCCUUUUCCUCCAGCAACCUUCUGACCUUUGAAUUGCGUCGAAUCUUUUUUGAUGAUGACGAAAAAACUAGAUACCACUUAUUUCUUACUCUUCUAUGAAGUACAAGACGAAGUCCAAGUUUUCAACAGCUUUCGAAAUUGCACGCAUAUAUCACUUUCAGGUUAUCAGCCCAUUAUUUUGAUAUUUAUCUUUAUGUAUACAGAAGAUGUUGAAAGAUGAUGUAUGACACACAUCUCCUGGUCUUGUUUAAACGCAAUAGUUUGGCACACUACAAGAUUUUAUCCUGUGCUGUAACAGUUUCCUGCUGUGUGUAAGGAGUCAGAUUUCAUACCAUUUCAACCCAAGAAGACAAACGAGAGUAGUACAACACAAACCCAUGUCACAUUAGUUCUAGAUUCAUUGAUUUCUCGUCUUUUCAUCUUCGGAUUUUCUAUUUAUUGAUGUAACUAUUGACUUCUUUUUCUCUAAUCAAUGGUGAUUAGUAUCCCAGUUAUUAGAUGUAAGGAAACAUUUUUUUGUAACUUGUAUAUACUGUAUGUAUCUGUUAUGUCAUUACGUAAUGAAGAGAAUAA